AGCCUCGGAGGCUUCCAACGCAUUCCGGCAGCGCAGAGCGCAGCCGCCCAGCCUCCCGCUGUAGCCCAAUUCCCGCCCCGCAGUUCGCUUCUGCGGCUCCAGGGGUAGCGGGAGCGGGGGGCGCCGCGCUGGCCCCGCCCCAGCCCCCGGAGGAAGGGGGAUCGCUCCCUGCCAGUGGGAGGGGUCGCGGCCCGCGCUCCUUCUCCCCACCCGCCAGCCCCCGGGUUAAAUGCGGCCGCCGCCUCCGCUCGCUCCAGCUGCCUGGCGGUCCCCACCUCCGGCACGCCGCCCGCGCCGUUACCUGGUCCAACUGCCCCGGAGGCUCCGCCCGUCGGCUCCGCUCUGCGGCCGCGCCUCGGAGCUGUCCGGCAGGCUCAGGUCCUGAUAGUUCUGCUCUCUGUUCCCCGAGCGCCAUGAGGGGGCUUCUAGGUUCGCUGCUGCCCCUGUUACUGCUCCUUCUCCAGCCCUGGGAAACGCAGCUCCAGUUCGCAGGUCCCAGGUGCCGCACUGGGCCCCUGGAUUUGGUGUUCGUGAUUGAUAGCUCCCGCAGCGUGCGCCCCUUCGAAUUUGAGACGAUGCGGCAGUUCCUGGUGGGCCUCCUUCGCAGCUUGGACGUAGGACCUAACGCCACGCGCGUCGGAGUAAUCCAGUAUUCGAGUCAAGUGCAGAGCGUCUUCCCGCUCAGUGCCUUUUCGCGCCGUGAGGAUAUGGAGAGCGCCAUCCGCGCUUUAGUGCCACUGGCACAGGGCACCAUGACGGGUCUGGCAAUCCAGUAUGCCAUGAACGUGGCCUUUAGCGUGGCCGAGGGCGCGCGCCCACCAGAGGCGCGCGUGCCGCGUGUCGCUGUCAUCGUGACCGACGGGCGGCCCCAGGAUCGCGUGGCCGAAGUGGCGGCGCAGGCGCGCGCCCGUGGCAUCGAGAUCUACGCCGUGGGUGUGCAGCGCGCCGACGUCGGCUCCCUGCGCGCCAUGGCAUCUCCCCCGCUGGACGAGCACGUCUUCCUUGUUGAGUCCUUCGACCUUAUCCAGGAGUUUGGCCAGCAGUUCCAGGGCCGGCUGUGUCGAAAGGACUUGUGUGCUGAGGGGGGACACGGCUGCCAGCACCAGUGUGUGAGCGCCCCAGGCACGUUCCACUGUGCCUGCAACCCUGGCUACCGGCUAGCAGCAGAUAACAAGAGCUGUUUGGCCAUCAACCUGUGCACCGAAGAGACCCAUGGCUGUGAGCAUCACUGCGUCAGCUCCCCAGGCUCCUAUUUCUGUCGCUGCCGAGCUGGCUUUGUACUCCAGCAGGACCAGAGGAGCUGCAGGGCCAUUGACUACUGCAGCUUUGGGAACCACAGCUGCCAACAUGAGUGUGUUAACACCUUUGGUGGCCCGAGGUGCCGCUGCAGAGAGGGCCAUGACUUGCUGCCUGAUGGGAGGAGCUGUCAGGCCCGGGACCUUUGCAACGGAGUAGACCAUGGAUGCGAGUUCCAGUGUGUGAGUGAGGGCCUCUCCUACCGCUGCCUGUGCCCUGAGGGGCAGCAGCUCCUGGCAGAUGGCAAGAGCUGCAACCGAUGCCGGGAAGGCCAUGUGGACCUGGUUCUGCUGGUCGAUGGUUCCAAGAGUGUGCGCCCGCAGAACUUCGAGCUGGUGAAGCGCUUCGUGAACCAGAUCGUGGACUUUCUGGACGUGUCCCCCGAGGGCACGCGCGUGGGACUGGUGCAGUUCUCCAGCCGCGUGCGUACCGAGUUCCCCCUGGGCCGCUACGGCACAGCGGCCGAGGUGAAGCAGGCGGUCCUGGCUGUGGAGUACAUGGAGCGCGGCACCAUGACCGGGCUGGCGCUGCGCCACAUGGUGGAGCACAGCUUCUCGGAGGCUCAGGGCGCGCGGCCCCGAGCCCUCAACGUGCCACGCGUGGGCCUGGUCUUCACGGACGGCCGCUCCCAGGAUGACGUCUCAGUGUGGGCAGCGCGCGCCAAGGAGGAAGGCAUCGUUAUGUACGCGGUGGGCGUGGGCAAAGCGGUGGAGGAGGAGCUGCGAGAAAUCGCCUCGGAGCCGGCGGAAUUACACGUGUCCUACUCGCCUGACUUCAGCACCAUGACGCACCUGCUGGAGAACCUCAAAGGCAGCAUCUGCCCAGAGGAGGGCAUCGGCGCCGGGACAGAGCUUCGGAGCCCCUGUGAAUGCGAAAGCCUCGUGGAGUUCCAGGGACGCACGCUGGGGGCGCUCGAGAGUCUGUCGCAGAAUCUGGCCCAGCUGACCGCGCGCCUGGAGGAACUGGAGAACCAGCUGGCCGCCCAGAAGUGAGGGCCGCGAGUGGUCCAGACCCGGGCAGGGGGCUCAGAUUCGCGGACUGGGUCCUCCCGUGCGCCUUUGGAGAGCCGGGGCCGGGCAGAACCUGGGUCCCCCGGGCUUGGGCUGUCGGGGAGGAGGCGCUGGCGGGCUCCCAGCGCUGCGCUCGAGCUGGCCUCGCCUGGACCAGAAGCCGGACUGCGGGGGCGCGGGGGGAGAGGAUGUGGGGGACGCGCGCUGCUCUCGGUUCUUUGUUGGAUUUCGUUUUUUGUUUUCUUUUUCUAAAAAAAAA